AUGUUUGGAAAUCUUGAAAUAGCUGAAUUAUCUUCAUCCAACGCUGGUCCACGAACGCAGUUAAAUCUACAUACUAGUGUAGUACAUAAAAUCUACAAAAAUAUCGAAGAAAUUAAUGCGUACGUGAGGACUCACUCUAGCAUCUUGCUAUUUUGUGUUCUGGUGAAUUUAAAUGAUCAAAACAUCCAUGUAGAUUUAGACUAUCUAAUAAGUGAAUAUUGUGUAUUAGCUAUUUUUGUCUCUGGAAGUCUACCCUAUAAUAGUCAAUUGAAUGGCCAGAAGAUUUUUCCUGUUCAGAAAGAACUAGCUGCAUCUAAAAUAAAAUCAGGCAUCAUUCAAUGUUUGAAAAAAGCUGCUAGAGAACGAUUGCAAUUGAAUGAUAUAAUGGGUGGACUAUUUCUCAUGUGGAAAUCUCAUGAUCUGGAACAUACAAUGUUUACAAAUUCUCAGGUCGAUCCUUGUCAUGUAUUAAUUAUUCCUUUGAAUACAACAUAUGGCAAUGGGACUGAUUUUCAAUGCAGUUUCAUAACAUUAUGUAAUAAUCUAUUUCCUGAUUAUAAGCCAAUAGUUUCUCCAAUUUAUGAUUAUUUGCCUCCUAAUGAUAAUAAUGACUUUUAUGAAAAUCCAGAUGCAAAUAUCCUUUGUAACUAUGUGAAAAACACCUUUCCGAUUCGAAUAUAUCUGAUUGGAAAUGAAACUUGUAUUCCGGAUUCUAUGUGUAAAUAUAUUUUUGAACAUGAUGAAACAUAUACACUUGUUGAAAACGAGCCGAUCAGUGACAAUAUUAGAAUGAAUCUACACACUAUCAUUAAUUUUGGAAGGUCAUUAACACAUCCCAUAAAGCAGUUAUACGAAUUUGAAAAUGAUUGUGAAUUUUUUUGUGCUAUGAAGCGUGCCGAUGCUGACCGCAAAGAACGAAUAAAGCGUGCUGCUUUAGAGAUGGGAAGACAGAUUGCAAUACGUUCAGAAAGUCCUAUAGGAUUCAGUAAUAAAGAUCAUCUGAUCACAUCGGCUAACGACGGUCCUGGGAAUCACACUGAUGAUGCUAGUGAUGGAGACAUCAAUGAUAAGAUUCAGGAUGAAUUUGAAUAA